AAUAAAUUUUAGUGUUUUUAUUUUCAAAAGGAGAGCAAAUGCUUAAUUUUUUGCCCUUCUUUGCAGACGCUCAUGUUAUACAUAUUUUAUCAUGUAUAAAUUUAAAUAUUUAGUAUAUCCUUAAUAAGGAUAUUCUUGAAAGAAAUAUUAAUAACAAAUCUCAAUUAUAUUAGUUUUAUUUGAUCAGAAACAGCUUAUAUAUAUAACAAAUAAGCUGCGUUGAAUUUUUCAAAGUAGAAAAGCAGUUUAAAAAAUUAAGAAAUUUCGACGCGCCUUUACUUAAAUUUAAAAAAAAUCGAAAUCGCAGGAUAAAUGUCGAUAUGCAAUUACGUAAGUUGCGCGCGCAUCGAGUCGCAGGUUGAGUUAGGUCGGCUCGGGUCUGUGACGUGCACACGCACAGUGUCUUCGCGUCUUUGACGUUAAUUCGUCAUUAACGUUACGUCGUUCAUCGUCCGCGGAGUAUCGGGGAGGAGCGGAGAGUCUCGCGAGAGAAAUUUUUUUUGACUCGCGACACUCGACGCGGUUCUCCGCGAAGCAGACGUCUAGGUUGCGUUGAGCGAAGCCCCCUCUUGUUCGACGAUCGUCGACUUAUAUAUUCCCUGUACAACGAAUGCGGAACUUUUACUAGUGAUAAGCGAUAAGCGUGCACGUACACACAAUCGACAUGUCCGUACGUCGGAAAAGCGAUUCGUCUAUGACUCAACGGAUCUGGGAUACGAUCAAAACCACAGUGCAUCAAAGGAGUUUACCUAGCAAUGACCGUAUGGUGCGGCAUUUAGCUCGAGUCUAUGGCUUCACCGAACAGGAGGCUCAGGAUGAGCUCAAUAAGGCGGUCGAGGACGGUCUUGUUCUGUUGAAGAAAGUGCCUACGAAGAGCGGCGUCGAACAGGAGAGCUACAGAUUGCCACCGGUGGCCACCGGGACAACGGAGAACGAUAAACACGAUUGGUACUGUUGCAAGUGUCAACGAGCUGGUGCGGUCGAGUGCUGCGAGCAGUGUCACAAGGUCUAUCACUCGGAGUGUCACGCACCCAGCAAUGCGAAAUUAAAGAUCUGUAGUUUUUGUGAGAAAAUAAACAGCGACACAUAUUCCGACAAGAACGAUCUCAAUCACAUUCUUAGUUUCACGUGUGGUCAUUUGAAAGCCAAAUUACCGCAGGAAAUUACGAAUCGUACCAUCGUUUUCAACAAUGGGCCGAUUGUUACACCAGCUAAUGGCUUUUCCGGACCAACCUGGGUAAGCGAGGGCGAGGACGCGUGGCGGCCGGGAAUUCUAAUAAAACAUCAUAUGGAUUUGGCAAUAAUGGACGCGAAAACGAGCAAAAAUGAAUACAAAAAUCUUGCCGAAUUCGAGGCUGAUGCACACAACAUUUUACAUAACAUCAUAGUAUAUCACGGAGCUCACAGCGUAAUAGGAGAUAUGGGCCGCACAAUGUAUCAGGAUUGUUGUUACGAUCUUCAAGAAAUUCGUCGUUGCGCGGAUUGCUAUCGCAUAUCGAACGAGAAGUCUGAAAAGAUGUGGUUCUGCAUUCCGUGCAAUCCACCCCAUCAAUUGGUUUAUGCAAAGCAAAAGGGAUACCCGUAUUGGCCCGCGAAAGUUAUGCAAGUUAACAACAAUGUGUACGACGUGCGUUUUUUCGGUGGUCAUCACAUGAGGGCUAACAUUGAAAAGGUCUUUAUUCGGCCAAUCUCCACUACCUUACAAAGUUUGCAGGUAAAAAAAUCAACAGCUUGGAACAGAGCUUUCGAGGAGCUAAAGCAUCAUCAGAAUUUGUUAAAAAAGUUGGGAAAGAACAAGGAAGAUUCGAAUAUUACGGAUGGUCCCACGCCUGCAAAAGUGCAAAAGUUGGAAUCGUCGAGUUCGAGGAGUACAUCUCACAGUUCUAAUUUGCCAAAGCAACUAAUUAAGGACUUGAGAGUGAGAGUCGAACGUCUGAGUUCGGACGGCAAUACCGAUUCGCAAACUACAAACGAUGGGUCGAAUAAUAAGGAAGAUACUUCGGAAACUAACGCCGAGAACGAAGAAAGACAGGUGCCUUGUUUACCAGUAGCUGAAGAUGAACCUGCUAGAGAGAUAACGAGCACGUGUCCGCAAGGUUUGAAGAAAGAGGGCUCGCAAGAAGACAUGGUCACAUCUAGCUCUCAAGAACCGAGAUCGAAAUGCGUCCUCGUUCAAACGGAACAGAUUCAAACGGAUGGACUUCCGGCCAAGAUUAAGAGAGAACGUAGAACUUCGGAACAACCAACAACGACGGCGUUGGAAAAAUUACGUCGCGAUUUGGAAAGUGAAAAGUGUAGAGAACUGGAAAGAUUACAAGCGGAACACGCGAUUGAGUUGCGGCAGUUGACCGAUAGGCACUUGCAACUUGUGUCUGACAUCAAAAAGAAACAAUGGUGUUACAAUUGUGAGGCUGAAGCGAUAUAUCAUUGUUGUUGGAAUACCGCGUAUUGCAGCACAGAUUGCCAACAGGUUCAUUGGCAACGUGAGCAUAAAAGAGUAUGCAGGCGUAAACGGUAAACGAUUUACAUGAUGAAUGUGCGAUGAGUACAAUAUGAGAAAGCAAAAAGAAAAAACAGAUAAACAAGAGAAACUCGUUUAUAUAUAUAUAUAU